UAAACUAAUAAUUAGAUAAGUAUAUUAGUACCUUACUUUGCUUACAAUUUACUUACACAAUACAAUCACUCCACCAUUUUCGUAAGCCACCGGGGACCUCUUUCCGAGAUCAAAGAUUUUCUCUGCAAAAAAACAUUAUACUUCAGAAAAGGAGGCUAUGCUAUGGAGGUUAAAGAAGAGGCGCCGUACUAGUGCAUUACACCAAUUGAGCUUGUUACUAUGCCUCCGACAGCACUGUCGAAAAACAAGAGUUUAGCAUCUUCUGGUGACAUUGAUCAUGAAUUGGAUUACAGAAGGACAUCAAGACAGCACCAAACAUCGAGGUUUGCUAGGGAGAAGCCUUUGUCUCCAAGAACUAGUCAAAGUUUGAAGUUCAAAGAUAAGGUCGUCAUUCGUCCUCCACAUUCUGAUCUUCCCCUUGAGUUUGUGAAAAAUGCUAAUAAUGUGUUUGUCGUCCAAACAAAGUGUUCUGGCAGUCAUCAGCAGCCUCAGGAGAGGAAAGGUGCGAGUAAGGAGGAGGAGGAGCUUGUUAAGUACAUGUCCAAGGUGCCUGGUUUUCUUCAAAGAGGAGAAAAGGUCCAAGAUAAUGCUUUAAAUUUUGGAGUUCUUGAUUGGGGUCGUCUACAGAAAUGGACACACAAACAUGAAAAAACCUUAGAGAGUGAGAGAAUUACUAGACCUGCCGCUGGAAGUUGUUCUUCAUCUGCUACGGAAAAUUCUGAGGCUUUGUUUCUCUGCAGAGAGCAACCUGGUAUUUCUAAUAGUAAUUCAGCCCACAUACUUGAUUUUUCUCCAGUUGUCAAACCUCUUAGUAGAAAGCCACUGAACCGCACAGUUCUGAAAACCUCAUCAAACAGUACCACAGAUGAGAAGCAGAAAACCAGCAAGAAAAAUACUCAUAGAAAAAAAGAUUCUGCAAAUUCCAUAUCUGCCAAAUACAAGGAAAACUCUUCGAGUGGCGAUGGUUGUGUGCUAAAAAUGAGUGAUUGUAAUCAUGAAAUCUUAGCAGCAGGGAACAGAAAAGUCAGCAACUCGGAUAGUGAUGCAUUAAAGUGUUGUGAGAACAUUGAAGGACUUAGACUUGAUACUCCACAUCAGUAUUUCUCUGGUAAGCAGGAGGGCAUUGUUCUCCUCUUGCCCAAAGAUUUCUCUGGUUCUGCAAGCUCAGAGGUGCAUCAUAGAUCAUCACUCGAUGGGAAGUCAGUUGAUCAUAACUGGGGUAGCUUUUCUGAUAUAUUUUCCAUUGAUGAGAUUCACCCAGAUGAGUCAUUUUAUGAUAUUCCACAUUCUUGCUCCCUGAAAAAUGCAGUUGAGACAGAGAAGGAACUGGAUUUAAAGCUUGAUACUUUGAUCAGAGCUCAGGGCAUUGAGAGUCCAGUCAACCCGUCAAAUAUGUCUUUGCACUCUACUGAGAAUAAAAUAGAAGUAGCAACAAGUACUUCAGCUGAAACGGCUGGAGAUAGUUUAAGACAUCGGUUUAGUAGUGGCAUAGCUAGGAUGACGAAAAGCCUUAGCUUUAGAGAGGGUUCAGUUCAACCUCCAAUUAGCUCCACUUAUGUAAGUGCCAAGUCUGGUCCUGCUAAACCCGAGUGUUUCACUUAUAGUGAAUCUCGAAGCAUCAAAGCAAAUAUGAGUGCCAGAGCAAGAGCUAGUCCUUUAAGAAGACUACUAGACCCAUUUCUGAAAUCUAAGGUCCCAAACCAAGUGAGUGAAAAGUCAAAUGAGUUGAUAAUGAAGCAGCCAAUACCUACAGAAGUGGCUGAGAAUGAAAAACACGAGGCAUCAACAGUUAAAGCACUUUUGCAUCUUUCAGUUAAGAGUGGGUUACCUUUGUUUAAGUUUGUGGUUGAAAUUAAAAAUGAGAUAUUUGCAACUACGGUUAAAACAUUAAGCACACUAGAAAAGGAUGGUAUCAGAUGGUUAUACACUUUCUGUUCUGUUAAUAGAGCCCAAAAGAGGAGUGGUGGCCGGAAAAUUCAAGGGUUUAAACGAUCUGGAUUUGGGUACAAUGUUGUUGGUCAAAUGACGGUUUCAGAACCUCAUUUUCCAAGCUGGUGUAAACAGGAAUCCAAUGGAGGAAACAAGAUAAAAGAAUCAGUCUUGUAUAGUGUUGGUGUAAACAAUAUAGAUGGUGCAACUUCAGAAUUCAAGAAAAGCAGAGAGCUGGCGGCGAUAGUAGGAAACAUGCCUGAUACUACUGGGAAAAGCAGCAUUACUUAUGACGAGUAUAAUCUGGAUAACUGGUUUUCUGACUUGGAACAUGAGAAUUUGGGGCAUGUAGUUGUCAUACUACCAGGUUCCGACCACAGCUUGCCUCAUGAAGGUGUGCCGUCUUCUUUGAUUAACCGUUGGAGAUCAGGCGGAUCAUGUGAUUGUGGAGGGUGGGAUAUUGGGUGCAAGUUGAGAAUUCUCACUGACAGGCGACACCACAAGGUUGUACAAACUCAAUUUGAUCUAUAUGAUCAGGGAGAAGCUAAGAAACACAGGCCUUUCUUUAGGAUGAUUCCUCUUCGAAAUGGACUUUUCUCAGUGGAAUUUGAUGCCAAAAUUACUUCUUUGCAAGCAUUUUCGGUAUCUGUUGCACUGAUCAACAGUCGAAAACCAGACACAAUAGACCAAGGUGAAUCAAAAGAGGAGUUUGGUGGGACAAAUGCCUCUAUGGACAAUAGCUAUGAAGGCCAUGACAUCUAUGCCCCACCUCCGCCCCUCUCUCCUGUUGGCAGAGUAUAAGUCAGGCUAAUAGUCGAAGUAGACUUGUGAGGCAAUUACGUAGCUUCAAAAUGAGUUGGGUUUUAGAUACAGUGUAGCAAUUAACAUCCUCCUCUUUGUAUCCAGUAAAAUGUUGGAAACGUCUUCAGUAGUAUCAGCAGUAAAGGAUAUACUUGUGCAAAACAUUAGUUACUUAACAAGUCCAAAUUUUCAAUGUUAGAUGAUCAGCAAAAAGGCUAAAAGCAUUUAAGCUCUUUGAACAUAUGUGUCUCAGACACUUUUCUAUGUACAGCUGGUUGUACAUAGUGCAUGGAACAACCAAUUCUUGA